AGCCUGAUGCAAUGGACGACGGUGGUUGAUAGUUUGUCAAGUUAUUGGGUUAUUGCUGUAUGAAAUAGUCAAAGAAAAUAGUGGAGUUAAAGUCGGAUUACAUAUAGUUUUGUGGAAAAUGUGAUAAAAGUGCACUCGUGCAUCUCAGAUCCGAUAUAAAUCUGUUACUGAUGAGCGCACGGAAAAUGUCUAUCGAUAAUAACUCUGGGGGUGCGCCCCGAAUAAUGGUAUUCAGGCCUACAUAUGAAGAGUUCAAAGAUUUCAGUGCUUACAUUGUUCAUAUGGAAAGUAAAGGUGCACACAAAGCUGGAAUAGCUAAAGUUAUACCGCCGGCUCAAUGGGUAGCAAGAAAGUCCGGCUAUCAUUUGGAUGAUUUAGAUAUUACAAUACCAGCACCCAUCUGUCAAGUAGUCGAUGGAAAGCAGGGUCUAUAUCAGCAGAUAAAUAUUCAGAAGAAAUCGAUGACUGUCAAAGAAUAUAGCAAACUGGCUAAUUCUGAACGAUACAGUACUCCUAAACACUUUGAUUAUGAAGAUUUAGAAAGAAAAUAUUGGAAGAAUAUAACUUACGUAGCUCCAAUUUAUGGUGCUGAUGUUUCCGGUUCACUCACUGACCCCGAGGUUAAAGAAUGGAACAUCAACCAUCUUGGAACAAUAUUGGAUUAUGUUAACGAAGACUACGGUAUAUCAAUUGAUGGCGUUAACACGGCAUAUCUUUACUUUGGAAUGUGGAAAACAACAUUUGCCUGGCAUACCGAAGAUAUGGAUUUGUAUUCCAUAAAUUACCUUCACUUUGGUGCACCCAAGACAUGGUACGCCAUACCACCUGAGCACGGACGGAGACUAGAAAGAUUGGCUAAUGGAUUUUUCACGUCAAGUUAUCAGAGCUGUCAGGCUUUCUUGAGGCACAAGAUGUCCCUCAUAUCACCACAAGUUCUUAAGCAAUAUUCCAUCCCCUACAACAAGAUAACUCAAGAAGAAGGCGAAAUCAUGAUCACUUUUCCGUACGGUUAUCACGCGGGAUUCAAUCAUGGUUUUAACUGUGCUGAGUCCACAAAUUUUGCGACACCCAGGUGGGUCGAAUACGGAAAACGGGCCACUCAAUGCUCUUGCAGUAAGGAUAUGGUCAAGAUUUCUAUGGAUACGUUCGUGAAACGCUUUCAACCAGAAAGGUAUCAACUCUGGUUGCGCGGAGAAGAUGUUGGUCCACAUCCUGAAGAUCCUCGACAAACAGCUGCUCCUCUGCCAUCUCAAAUGGAUUUACUUUGUGCAAAAAAUAGCAACGGCCAACUACCCCAAAGCUAUCUGGACGCAGCUCCGAAAAAUAAAAGACAUCCCAUACACCGUAAGAAAAAUAUUGCAGCGACAAAUUCUGACGUUAGCAUGGUAGAUUUAGCUAAUCGUCCAGACAUUCCUCCCGAUGUAAAAAAAGUUUUGGAAGAUAUGGAACUGGAGGAAGUUGAUGAACCACCAGAUGAACAGCAAGAACAAUUUCUUGAAGAUAUCUGGCUAAAGGCUGGGGAAAUGGACGUAAGCGAGGCAUCUGUAUGCGACGAUGGAUACAAUCGUAAGAAGAAUCGUAAGCGAAAAAAGAAACAGAAUAAUUUGGACAAGCGAAAGUCGAAGGCAAAGAAGAAUUCGUUGAAACUAAAUACGAUCACCGAACAUGUGGGCGUAUCUGAAUCGGUCAUGAAAUCUACGGAAAUAAUGAACAUGCUCGAAGCUUCGGUGCCCUGUCUUGUUUUAACGAAUUUGAAAGGUAAAAAUCCGGAGAUCCUAAAUCAACUAAAAAGAAAUGAUGACAAUACUAUAGACUUGACGAUAGAAAGUGUUGUGAACGAUAAUGGAAGUCCGGUAAAUGGUCAAGAAGUGGAGUCAACCACAAUUCCUUUUGAGUUUGUUGAACCUCCUCGAAAACCUGCAAAACAAAAGAAGAAACACACUAAACACAGCGAAUGUAAAAAACACAAGCAAAAACACAGCAGCAAGGGCAAACAUCGAUCUACUGAUAUCCCAAUUCUCAGUAUAAGUGAACCUUUGGAUAUUUCCGACAUGGACGUUCAACGCAAACUCACUUCAAUGCCCAGUUUGAAGGCAUCGAGUAUUAAGGAUAUGUCAGCUGGCCAGAAUAAGGUGAAUUCUUUACCAGGAAAUAUCAUAUCUGUUGGAAAUGAAUUCAGCAUGACUACCGUGAAAAAUAAAACCGUAGUUAAUAUUACCAAUGGAAGACAAGUUCCAAACUCUAGUCAAACCACGGAGAGAGACCUGGAUAAGGCUAUAGAAAAAUAUUCUGAAGAUUUAUCAAAGCUUGUAGAAUCUAAGGGGAACUUUGCUAGAACAUUUAUGGGAAAAUCGGAACCGAUUUUGAAAUUAAAUGCCCUAGAACAUUUGCCCCACUUCGCAGACCUUACAACAAAGCUGUCGCAUGGGUCGAAGCAGCUAUUGAAUAUAAGUAACUUUGGGAGCAUCAAAGCUGAUGAUAGUCCAGAUUCACCUGACGUUAAAGCCCCGCGAAAUAGUGCUCGUAAAAGCAUCGUAAAAUCAUCAAAAUUAACUCCAGCGAUAUUGAGAGUGCGCACUACAAAGAAGCCUCAAACUCUAGUGACUUCGGAAUUAUCUAAAACUGAAGAAGAUAAGGACAUUUCUAAUGCCGUCGACGGGUUGUUAGUUCUGCAACAAAACUCUUGGGGAGCCGUUCAAAAUAGUAGUAAUUCUCAACUACAAUAUCCCAAUAUCGCUGCUCCUACAAUAUGUGAUAUAAAAUCCAACGACUCACCCCCUCUUCUCUCUCCGCAAACGAGUUUCAAUAUUUCGAAGGCUCAAGGUACGACGUUUGCCGCGAGUAGCCAAACCCCUUCGAUUGGUUUGCUCCAACCAGAGGCGAAAAUUUCAUCAGAUUCAAAGUUAUUGGGAGAACUUAAUGAAGACUUUGUAGCAGAAGAAAGAACUUGCCUCAUUCCGCAGAAUGGCUACUCUCCUGUUGACACGUAUAAACUGGGUGGUGAAAGACUUGAAUCAGCAAAUACAAAGAGCGCUGACACACCAGAGGCAAAAAUUUUAAAUCCUGUUCAACAAGGCACUAAAAUCCUUCAAAUGUCAAAUGGUAUGAAGUUAUAUCUGACUGAAAUACAAGGUGCAGAUGCAAGAACAGGUAAUGGGAUGGAAUCCGUAAGUUCACCACCAAUACUCCAAAACCAAAGUACCAUUCAAGCUUCCAUCAAUUGUGGCAGUUUAAAUCCACCGGUUUUAUCUUGCUCUGAAACAUCUAUUACCAGAUUGAGUACAAACAAUAUAGUUGAUGGAACACCGGAUAACUCACCUCUGUUAAUACCAAAAUAUAGUAAAUGUACGAUAACUCCAUCAACAAUAUCUAACAAUUUACUUAAAUCAAGACUUGAAAAUACAGACACUGUAACUACAAAUCAAAAUUUAAUCAUACAAAAGUUAAUCACAAAUUCAGAAACAACUAUAAGUUAUGUUCCAAAACAACAAGAUAUCUCAAAAACAAGUUAUAAUGACGAUUCAAGCGAGACCGCCAUAAGAAAUAUACUGCAGUCUUACAAUGCAGCAAGCAGAAAUCAACAAAGUAUUAUUCCAACAACGGAGGAGGACUUCAAACCAUUGGCAAGCCAGCGUUCUAUGAAAACUCUAUUCGAUAAACUCAAUACAGAUUUAAAACUUUGCGAUGCAAAAAGUUCAUUGUCACAAUCACCAUGUGGCAAUCAAUCUUCGAUUGAUAUUGCAAAUAGAAGUAAUCAAUACCUGGCUAUACAUUCCCCAAAUACGGAGAAAAGAAAUUCAAGGAAAAGUCAAACGAAGAUUGUAAAAUCUCAACCUGCUAUUAAACACUCUUCCAAAGAAAUUUCAACAACAACAAAAAAAAUUAUUGAAAAAGAUAAGAAACAGUCUCCGUCAAGGUUUUCAGAUAUUUCUAAGCCACUCACCGUCAAUCUGGAUGAACAAUAUCCGAUAACAAGUAUUUCCAGUCACCUUAUGAGCAGCAUAUCUCCAGAUCCAGAGCCUGUUGUACCAGGACAUAUGGUGGAAAUGCUGUACCCAAGUGAUCCCGAUGUAAAUUUACUACAGGCAUUCAACGAUUACUGGAGUACCCAAAUUUCUCAUUGUGCAGUUUGCGCUGCAUUUGCUUCCACAAAUAGUGGUAGCGGUAAGGCGAUGACCCCCGAUUGGAAGUAUUGCAAACCUAUACAUUUACCAGAUAGUUCACCAAUUUGGGUAUCCUCCAGUAUCUUUGCCGCAAAUUCAAAAGAACAGGGAACAGAACCGGAAAAGAACAAACUAUUAUGCUGCAGAGAGUGUCACGUAACUGUUCAUGCCUCCUGUUAUGGUAUCAGCGUUUUACCCACCGAUCUACAAAAUUGGGCUUGCGAUAAAUGCAGGGCUGGAAUGGUGCAUGUUAUGUGUUGUUUGUGUCCGAUGCGAGGCGGUGCAGUAAAGCGAACGAGCGAUGGCCGAUGGGCUCAUAUUUUAUGUGCCCUUUUACUACCAGGUGUUACCUUUAAAGACCCGAUCAACAAAGAUCCCAUCAUAGUGCUAACAAUCAAGACGGAAAUGUUGAAACAAGAAUGUGGCUGUUGUGGCCAACGGGACGGAGCCUGUCUUAGCUGCUAUAGUUGUGGCGCUCUUUUCCAUCCCUCCUGCGGUUUGAUUGCGGGUGCAACUUUUUCCAUACCAUUAUUUGAUGGUUACAAAUUGGAGGUCACCUGUCACAGGCAUAAUAAUGAGAAGGAAAAAAUCCCAAUGGUACGCCAAGGUGAACCGGUAUGGGCGAAGCAUCGUAACUCUCGAUAUUACAGAGCCAAAAUUCACGCUAUUAAUGACACAGUUUUCUAUAUGGUCACUUUUGACGACAACAGUUUUCGUGACGAUCUAUAUCCUUCUGACAUCGUUAACUAUGAAUCAGGAAAUCAUCCUCCGAUCGGAAGCUCAGUUAUGGUUAAACGGCCGGAUGGGCAGCCGUAUAAUGGAAUUUUUGAAGGCACUAAUCAUCGCAUCAUGUUUAUGGUUAUCUUCGAGGAUGGUUCGCAGCUGCUUUUAAAACGCACAGAUAUUUACAGUCUUCAAGAAGAGUUACCUAAGCGAGUGAAAGCACGGCUGCAGGGCAAUAAAAUAUAACGUUUCUAAUUAUGUCUAUAGAGGCAAUAAAAAAUUAUCCGAUAUAUUGAUUAAAAAAGAAAAAGAAAACCAUAAAAAAAUAACAUUACUCUCUCUAAAAUAUAUUUUCUGCAGAACAACCAAAACAGGCAUGUCUGUUAGAUGUUUUCUAUACUUGAUUUGAUAGAACAAGUUAAUGUCAGAAUUAUGAGAAUGGUUUUCAAUCUAAGUAUUAAUUUGAAAAUAGUUUUCUACCGUACACUAUAAUUGCACGUGUUAUACUUUCCACUUAAUUAUGCAUUCGGAGCAGUCCUAUUUUGUCAUUUACACACUCUGUUUUUUUUUUCUUUUUUUUUAGGACACUUUAUCUGUAGUAAACAGUUAUUUUCAUUUCCAGUUAUUAUUCCUAUGCACGUCAACACGCUUAUUUUGGUUUAUACUUGUUAAUUUCUAUAUGAUUUUUUUUCUCUGUUUGUUCUCUGUAUCUUUAUUUGGCAAAGUCACAUGCAUCCGACAUGAAGUAUCGGUAUCAUCUCUACGGUACUGAGGGUGAAUCCAAUAUGCAGAGGAAAAUCAAACCGCUCAAGAGACUCGAAUAAUCUUCGAUUACUCGUUGAUUGGUGUUGGGAAAAAUUACUCAGAAAUUUUGAAAUUAUAACCAUCUUGCGAAUUAUUCAGAUAACACACGAAAAAAUUCAGAGUAUUCGAAACAAAAACAAAACAACACUAGACACAAUUAUUAUUUGAUAUUUGAAAAUAUUUUUUUUCUUCAUGAAUUAUGACAAACAUUACUAGGCUUUAUUAUCGAUGAUGAUGAUAAAGCUUUUCACCAUGUAAAAUGUUGCAUUGAAUUGUAGAUAAUUUCCGAUACUGAUGUGUAAUAAGAUAGUAUUUAGUAAAUAUCUGUAUCAGUAGAUAAAUUUUAAUCUGAAGGCUUCAUUGUCUGCUACGGAAUAAACUAUAAAUUAUUUUAUUUUCAUCAAAAAUGCUUCGCUGCUGAUAUUAGUUUAAUUUUUACAUAGCUAGUUUGAUUUUAUUCAAACAACAAAAAAUCAAGAAACAAAAACUACUUAAAGAAAAAAAUGGAUAAAAGAAAUUUCAUUUCAAAAUUUCGAAUAUAUUUUUAGUUUCCAUUUGAAUGAAUUUCCAAUAUUAAUUAGGUUGAUACUUUUGAAAAUCAGGUCGAGUAUUAAUCAUAACACAGCUGUCCUGUAGAAUAAUGUUAUCGAUAUUAAUGUGUAGUAAAAUAUUUGACACCAGCUAAGCCCACCGAUAAUAAUCAUUGAUUGGGGCAGUUGAUGAUUAUUUCGUCAUCUAUUGAACUGUCAUUUUGUACCUGUAAAAAUUUUAAGCUGUGAAUGUGUUGAUUUAUAAACUUUAAAAUAGAGAGAAAGAGACGGAUAAUUAUUGAUAUUAAAAUUUCCAAAAUUCAGAGGUAUUAAUUAUUGAACUUUGAAGAAAGGGAAAAAGAAAACAAAAAAAAUAAUUAAUAACAAAAUAAUCCAUGAAAAAAAUGAGUUCUAAGUGUCUGAUCGUUACAGAGAAUUGAACCGGAACAAGCAACUUAUUGUCCUGCCGGAUCUGAAAUGUGAACAGCAUAGUCAAAAGUGUCGACGAGCUCGUAUUUAAAAAAUCAAUUAAAAAUGAUAAAUAAAUAAACGAAAUAAAUAAAAAUAUCGUUUUACAACAAUUGAUAAGUGUGAAUGUCCAUCAGAUCAAACUAGCAAGAGUUGAAAUUUUUCUUUCUUUUUUCUAAUUACCAAUAGCUCAUACUAUAUUGAAAAAAGGAACAUAUAUAUAACAUAGAUAUAAUAUUAACAUAAUCUACAUACUGUAAGAUCAAUUCAUGUAAAUAUAUACAAUACAUACAUAUAUAUAUUAUAUAUUUAAUUUUCAAAUAUUCUAUUAUGCAUACAGUUAUAAUUUAUAUGCAGUACGAAAUUAUCAGAAGAUCAGACAUUUCCGAGCGUUAGAAAAUAUAAGUGAUCAUCAACUACAGAAUUUAGCUGUCUGACGAUUAAUUUUUCUAUUUCUAAACUUUUAGAAUAAUUGCAGAACUUGGAAUGACCUGCGUCAAGUAUUAGAUUAUUUUAUUGAACUUGUGUGGAAUAAAAAAAAUUUCAAAUGAAACGUGAUGAACUAAUUAUAAGUGAGAGGUCAUGGAAAUGAUGAAAUUAUAGUUUAUCACGAUGAAAAUUUGGGUAUGAUUAGAAUCAACUAUACAUAGGUGAAUAAUUCAAGAGUAAUUUAGUUGUUACGUUAGGCCUGCCAGGGGUGUGCUGUGAACCAAAUCAGAGCGUUUUCUUGAAUUACAGUAUGUUUAGUUGUACGUAGAUAUGUAUAUCUCAAUGAAAUAUGACCGUAAUUAAUGAUAAAUAUUGAAUAUUCGAUAUUAAACUCUGAAUUAUAGAACAAUAAUUUGUGGUCAAUCUAAAUACUAUUAAAAAAAAAAAAUUAACAAUAGUAAUAAACUCGUUGAAAUAAUGAUGAUUGAAACGUAUUCAUAAUGUAAUAAUACUUACCUACAUUCAAAAUAGUUCUCCGAUGCUCUGAUGAUGUAUAAAAUAUUAUGCUUAGCAAAAAAAAGAAAAAAACAGAAAAAAAAGGUCUGUAUCAUCAAUCAUUAUGAUAAUUAUUAGUACGCACUAUACCUGUAAAUAGGAUUGCGUUUAUUUCACCUAUGAAACUACUUAAAUUAUUAUUAAUCACCGUUAUAGCACGUAACCAGUAAAUUUAAUUGCUUGAAAGGGAUUAAUUAAUAAGUAUAGGUAUGUAAAUGAUGAGAGCGCAUAUAUCUAGUUAUUUUGAAACCAUAUUUACCCAGUCAUCACAUACCAGUAAUACUGAUUUUGAGUGAGUUCAUUUAGGUUAUUUGCCAUUUCAGACUUUAUUCUUAUUAUUGUUUAUUCGGUGUUGCUGUACCUCGGAUGAUCAAUAAACAUGUCAAACAUU